UUGUAGCGAGCCAAUCGCAGGCAGCAUCCUGCUUAUCAAAAAGCGUCUUCCAGCGCCCGACAGAAAGAGAAGACAGACGCACAGGAAGCCGGUACUGCUGCAGAGAAAAAGAGGAAAAAAACAAAACUAAACUAAGCCCACACCUUGACAACAAGCGCUAUUCUCGGUGUUUGUUUCUCAGCGAUAAGAAGCAUGGACAACAGCACAACCUCCAGCGAGACAGCAGUGCAGCGCUCCAAGUCAUUCAGCCUGAAGCCGCAGGCAAAGGAGCUCUGUGCCUCCUGUGAGAAGACUGUGUACCCCAUGGAGCGCCUCGUCGCCGACAAGAACGUCUUCCACUCGUCCUGCUUCUGCUGCAAGCACUGCAACACCAAGCUGAGCCUGGGCAGCUAUGCUGCGCUCCACGGGCAGUUCUACUGCAAACCGCACUUCCAGCAGCUCUUCAAGAGCAAAGGCAACUACGACGAGGGCUUCGGCCGCAAGCAGCACAAGGAGCUGUGGAGCGUGAAGGAGGCAGAGAGUGGCACCAAGACCGCCUGACCAGCCCCGCGGCUCCGAGACCUGCCCCUACAGCCACGCGCACGACGUCCUGCCAGAGCUCCUCCUCCUCCUCCUCCUUCUUUUAAAGCAAACUCUUUUUAAAAACCUUGUAUCUUAACAGCAUGCUCUCAGGAAAGUGCUGCCACAAACAAGCGUUCCCUGCAUCCUCAAAGAAGGAAAUUAUGACCCAGAAAAGCACUCGCAGGAGGCUUUCUCUGCAAGCCCUUCCACAGAGGCACCGGAACAAGUCUGAAUUGCAUUGAUAGGAUCUUGUUAAUUGAAAUGUGUGCAGGUUUGCAUUGAUAGGAUUUUGUUAAUUGAAUUGUGUGCAGGUUUGCAUUGAUAGGAUCUUGUUAAUUGAAAUGUGUGCAGGUUUGCAUUGAUAGGAUCUUGUUAAUUGAAUUGUGUGCAGGUUUUCCCUUGUUUUGCAUGGUGCUCUUUUUCAGAGAUGCCGUGCCCCUGUGAUUUGAGGGUGCUCCUGGCUUCUACUUGGCCAGGUCUGGAAGGCACAGUCCCUCUCUCUAGCCAGCAGGGGGGAGACGGGGGGACUGGAUUCAGACCCGGCUCAAUGGGGAUCUCCAGGCUUCAUGACCGCUCCAGGGCAUGCUGUCCUCGUCCGCCUGAUGCCACUCCGAAAACAAGCCUGCCAUCUGAGACUGGCACGAUCUGCAAGCCUGGCUGCUCAUUGGUCACAAGGCUUUUUAAUGGGUUACUAACUGGACAGAACCUCGUUUUCAAAGUCAAGAACCACAGUCUUCUUGGUACCACGCCGUCUAACAGAACUGAAAUUCAAACCAGAAUCUCUCCAAGGCGUCGUGCACGAUCCCAGCGUGGCUCAGUUUGUGGAAUCUCAGGAGUCGGAAUUCCGGAUGCUUCACUGCUGGGUCUCUUUCUUUCUUUCUUUCUUUCUUUCUUUCUUUCUUUCUUUCUUUCUCCUCUCCCCUACCUCAUGCGGACCAACCCAGGGUAUCAUGUUUGAGACUCCAAAUCUCUUCAGCAGGGCUUCUGCCUUCAGUCACUGAAUCUCAGUCUUUGUAAAGGAGAAUGGCAUUUGUUUUUUUAUAUGAUCUGAAAUUGGAUUUUAGAGAAUUGUUUUUAGUGUUUAAUUGAGAUGUUAAGGUAUCUGCAGAUAUCUUUGCUUGCUUUUAUAACUGGCUGCAGUCAGUGAGAGAAUGCUUGUCACUUCAGGUACGUUUUUCAUUUCAGCGUCUCUGUAGGUCUGUGGCGCUCGUCUCCAGAGAGGUAUUAAACUGGGUUUCAAAUGCUGGUUUGCUUCAUAGUUUCUGAAAGAAAGCAAAUCGAAUGAACCCUUUUACUGCUGAUGCAUAUUAGAAAACAUUUUGAACCUUUUUAAUGUCUUGUCUCUUUGUUAGUAAAAUAAAAUUCUAUUGUUUUA